AUGCUUCAAUCAAUCACCGUGUCACUGGAUAUAAAGUCUGUUCUAGGACUAGCUAUUUCCUCGAUAAAUCUUUACCUUCUGACGAGAGGCAUCUAUAAUGCUUACUUCCACCCAUUGAGUCGAUUUCCCGGCCCAAUCGCCCAUGCCGUCUCUCGGCUCCCAUAUUGCUACCGUGCAGCCAACGGUACUCUGCCAUUUGAUAUGCUGGAACUGCAUAAAACGUAUGGCGAUAUUGUGCGCAUCGCACCGGAUGAACUUGCUUUCUCACACCCCGAUGCCUGGAAGGACAUAAUGGGCCACAAGAAUGGAGUACCCGAGAUGGGCAAGGCUGCCUGGUUUCACCGCCCUGUUGAACAAUCUUUGCACAUUGUCAAUGAAGACAAUGAAGAGCACAGACAGUUGCGUCGACAGAUGGCUCAUGGCUUCUCCGAGAAAGGAAUGCGAGACCAAGAGCCCAUGAUCAGAAAAUAUGUUGAUAUUUUGCUGGAAAAGCUACACGAGGGUGCCAAACUUGGCAAGUCCCUUGUUCUUUCCGACUGGUACAAUUUUACCACUUUCGACAUCAUCGGUGAUUUGGCGUUCGGUGAGCCAUUUGGCUGUCUGGAAGGGUCGAACUAUGAUGGCUGGAUCCAAAGCAUUUUUGAUUCAGGGCGCCUGGGCACAAUUCUGCAAGCUCUGUCAUUCUAUCCAUCCCUCAAACGGCUCUUGUUGUCUCUUGUCCCGCAGUCUCUGAAAGAUGCUCAAAAGAAGCAUAAAGAUCUGACCAAAGCUAAAAUGUUGCGCCGGAUGGCUAUUACUAAAGAACGUCAUGACCUCAUCGAGGGUCUGCUGAAAAGGAAAGAUGAGCUGGAACUCAAUGUGGAGAAACUUGUUGCAAAUGCCAAAAUCCUGAUCAUUGGUGGUUCUGAAACCACGGCAUCUUUGUUGAGUGGAGUGACCUACCUGCUCCUCACAAAUCCCGAAGCCUACGAAAACUUGAAGGGUGAGGUUCGUUCAACAUUCAAGAGCCAGGACGACAUCAACUUGAUUAGUGUCAACAAGCUUCCAUACAUGCUAGCCUGCCUUGACGAAGGAAUGCGCAUGUAUCCUCCCAUCGCCAAUGGUCUCCCUCGGGUCUGCCCACAAGGUGGAUGUACCGUCCUGGGCGAAUACAUCCCGGAAGAUACUUAUCUCUCUAUCCAUCAAUGGGCGCUUUACCGCCGUCACGAAUAUUUCAAGGAGCCUAACACAUACCACCCCGAACGUUGGAUGGGAGAUCCUCGAUUUGAGAGCGAUCGCCGUGAUGCCUUUCAGCCAUUCCAUCUCGGCCCGAGAAAUUGUCUCGGAAGAAAUCUUGCAUACAGUGAAAUGCGUCUCAUUCUUGCGCUAAUAAUUUACAAUUUCGAUAUGAAGAUUGCAGAUGAAAGUCGGGGCUGGAUUAUACAAAAGAAUUUCUUAUUGUGGCAAAAGGGUCCCUUGAAGGUGUAUUUGACACCAAGGACGGAGGCUUCUUAA